UACAUUACAAUUUAGAAAUAUAUAUAUACAACACUUGUCUUAGUCAUCUAGUGCUGCUAUAACAGAAAUACCACAAGCGGAUGGCUUUAACAAAGAAGUUUAUUCUCUCACAGUCUGGUAGGUUACAAAUCCAAAUUCAGGGUGUCAGCUGCAAGGGAUGGCUUUCUCUCUCUGUCGGCUCUGGAGGAAGGUCUUUGUAAUCAAUCUUCCCCUGGUCAAGGAGCUUCUUUAGUACAGGGACCCCAGAACCAAAGGACACGCUCUGCUCCCGGAGCUGCUUUCUUGGUGGUAUGAGGUCCGCAACUCUCUGCUUGCUUCCCUUUCCUUUUAUGUCUUGUAAGAUAAAAGGUGGUACAGGCUACACCUCAGGGAAGCUACAUUGCAUCAGGGAUGUGACCUUAGUAAGGGUGUUACAAUCCCACCCUAAUCUUUAACAUAAAAUUACAAUCACGGAAUGGAGGACAACCACACAAUACUAGGAAUCAUGACCCAGACAUGUUGAUGCACACGUUUUUUUUGGGGGGGGGGCAUAAUUCAAUCCAUGACAUUCCACACUUUGACCCCCCAAAAAUCAAAUCCUUGCAACAUGCAAAACAUUCACUCCAUCAUAUCAUAGCAAAAGUCUUAACUCCAAUGCAAAAUCCAAAAAUUCAUCUGUGAAAUCUAAAAUACAAGUUAUCUGCUUCCAAAGGUACAAUGGCGGAACAGGCGCAAGCUAGACAUUUCCAUUACAAAUGGGAGAAACUGGAAGAAAAGAAGGGAUAACAAGCACCAAGAAAGUCAGCAGAACACAUUACAUUAGCUCUCAAGGCUUUGAAAAUAAUCUUCUGUUCUCUGAAACAAUUUACACAAUGGCCCUGCCCUCCAGACUGUAGGUAUUGGCCACACUCUCCAGAUUCUGAGUGGAGGUGAAGCCAGUCAUCCUCUUUCCUCAGCUCACUGCUCAACGGGCUUAUGAACAAAGUGGCCGUGGUGGCAGGGAUGGAGGUUAUGCAUGGGCUCAGCAACAUGGACUUCCACUCACCAAGGCUGACUUGACUACAGCCACUGAUGAGUGCCCAGUCUGCCAGCAGCAGAGGCCAACACUGAGUGCCCUAUAUGGCACUAUCCCUUGAGGAGAUCAGCCAGCAACGUGGUGGCAAGUUGAUUACAUUGGACCACUUCCAUCAUGGAAAGGGCAGCAUUUUAUCCUUACUGGAAUAGGCGUGGAAACCCUGGUGGCGUAGUGGUUAACUGCUAUGGCUGUUAACCAAGAGGUUGGCAGUUCAAAUCCACCAGGCGCUCCUUGGAAACUCUGUGGGGCAGUUCUACUCUGUCCUGUAGGGUCACUAUGAGUUGGAAUUGACUCGAUGGCGGUGGGUGGUAAUAGACACUUACUCUGGAUAUGGAUUUGCCUUCCCUUCGUGCACUGCUUCUGUCAAAACUACCAUCCAUGGACUUACAGAAUGCCUUAUCCACCAUCAUGGUAUCCCACACAGCAUUGCCUCAGAUCAAAGGACUCACUUCACAGCAAAUGAAGUGCAGCAGUGGGCCCAUGGUCAUGGAAUUUACUGGUCUUACCAUGUUCCUCAUCAUCCUGAAGCAGCUGGCUUAGUAGAAUGACAGACUGGCCUUCUAAAGACACAGUUACGGCACAAGCGAGGUGGCAAUACCUUGCAGGGUUGAAGCGGUGUUCUCCAGGAGGCUGUAUGUGCUCUAAACCUGUGUCCGAUAUAUGGUGCUGUUUCUGACAUAGCCAGGAUUCAUGGGUACAGGAAUCAAGGGAUGGAAAUGGAAAUGGCACCACCCACUAUUACCCCUAGUGGCCCACUCCCAAGAUUUUUGCUUCCUGUCCCCAUGAUCUUAUGCUCUGCAGGUCUAAAGGUCUUAGUUCCAAAGGGAGGAAUGCUCCCACCUGGAGACACAUCACUGAUUCCAUUGAACUGAAAGCUAAGAAUGCCACCUGGCCACUUUGGGCUCCUUAUGCCUCUGGAUCAACAGGUAAGGAAGGGAGUUACCAUACUGGCUGGUGUGAUUGAUCCCGAUUACCAAGAGGAAAUUGGAUUUAUGUUACAUAAUGGAGGAAGAGUAUGUCUGGAAUGCAAGAGAUUGCUUACAGCAUCUCAGUACUACCAUGCCUUGUGAUUAAAGUCAAUGGAAAACUAGAGCAACCCAAUUCCAACAUGAUUACUAAUGACCCAGACCCUUCAGGAAUGGUUUGGGUCACCCCACCAGGCAAAGAACCACGACCAGCUGAGAUGCUUGCUGAGGCCAAAGGGAAUAUGGAAUGGGAGGUGGAAGAAGGUAGUUCUAAAUGCCAUUUAUGUCCACAUGACCAGUUGCAGAAACAAGGACUGUAGUUGUUAGGAGUGUUUCUGCUUUGUAUGUGUGCAUCAACUAUUUUUGUUUUCUUCACUUAUAAAAAAUGUAAACAGGGCUAGGGUGUUUUCAGUUGUAUGCAUGUUAGUUGUAUCAUGUUAGGUGCAAGUAUGACUUCAUAAUAGUCUUUAUUCAGAGAUUAUGUAUGGUUUCAGGAGAUGUGUACAUGUGCCAAGUUGGCAAGGGAUGGACUGUGAUUGUUAAGAUCGUGUGUUAACUUGGCUGGGCCAUGAUUCUCAGUGUUUAUAUGUGAUCACUCCCAUGAUUGAAUCCGCUUUGAGUAGCCAAUCAGUUGAAAGGGAGUUUCCUUGGGGGUGUGGCCUGCAUCCAAAUAUAAGCAGAUGUUUUGGCUUUUUUGCUCAUUCUGGAUCCUGUGGCUGCCUCCUGUUUGUCUGACCUCUGGCUCUUGGGACUUGAGCUAUCAGCUUAUCACAGAUCUUGGAAUUCUUGGAUCUUCACAGCCCAGGGAUGGGAGUCCCACUCUCCAACCUACCAAUCUUGGGUUCGCCAGCCCCUGCAGCUACGUGAAUUGAAAGAAGCCUCUAUCUUGAUACACAGACUUGGGACGUUUUAGCCUGUACGAUUGUGUGAGGCGUUUCCUUGAUAUAAGUCUCUCUCUCUAUAUAUAUAUUUAUAAGCUUUACUGGUUUUGCUUCUCUAGAGAACCCAGCCUAAGACAAUACUUCAGGAACUUUUUCUACAUUUCCCAUCUCUAUACCUUCCUGGUUCAAGCUCUCAUCAACCUAGACCUGCAUCCUGUAUGUCCAUUUUUCCUUCCUUGCCUACUGCUGCCAGACCUGUCCUCCUUACACCAUGUUGUCAUAUGCUGGUCAGCAAACAUUCAUUGAACAUCUGUGAUGUGCAGGUGUUGUGCUGGUGUUCAGGGGAUCAUUUAUGAAUAAGACAAGGCCCGUCUCUUAAACUGUGCAACCGUAUGUCCGACUAUAACAUAACAUACAGGGGGCUCCAUUGCAACAUAGAUGUGUCCAGAAUUGAGGUUAGAGAAGGGUGUUCUGGCAUAGGUGUAUCAAGUUGCCAUUUGACUGAGCCUUUAAGAAUGGGUGGAAUUAAAACAGAGAAGAGGGUAAGGGCGUGCCAGGAGGAACCAGGCGGAAGGUCAAUGAGAGGUCUAAGUGUCUAAUGAUACAGGGAAUCCCUGAGCAGAACGAUGGGGUACAAGCUCUGAAUGUGUAGCAGGAUGUGUGGUACAAAGUGACCUCUAAAGUAAGGAUAGAGUAGGUAAAGAAGGGUCCCAAGGAUCAUCUCUAGAGUCUAUUGUGGUAAUGGGUGGCCCAAAAGAGGGGUGCAAAUGCAUUUCUGGAAAACAACGCAAGCUGUACCUCCCAGUGGAAGAAGUCAUUGGAGUUUCAACAUUUGGACAGGGAGAUCAGCCAGAAAGCUCCUGAAGAGGCAGCUGGCAGUGCGACCUUGAGCGGGUCAUUUACUUGUGCAAGUCUCAUAUUUCAGAAAAUGCCCCGUGGCAGGGCUGUGGUGAGGAUUAAACCGAAUAAUAUCAAGUCAGGUAAGUAUUCACUAAAUUACUACUGGAACGGCUUGGGCAGGUGCACUUGGGAGUUGGCUACCCCAGCGGCAGCACCGGAGGGGAUACCCAACAGGAAACACACAUACAUGGCCCGCGUACCGCUAGACCAGUAUGACUCCUGGACGCACGCGGGUGAGGCUGAAAUCAGCGCCCUUUCCUCUGAUUGGACCGGACGAGACCAGGGCUGGAAGGCGGACAAAGGAAGAGGCGGGGAUUGGUUACGCCUGGGAAGAGGGCGGGGCCUUGGAAUAAGCUGGAGGCGGGGCAGAAUCUCCCUUUGCUCACCCUGUUAGCCCCGCCCCUCCGAGGAUUCUGGCCCUGGCCGGCUUGGUGGACCAGUAAGUGGAGCGGUGUGUCGCCUCCCAGUCUUCCCAGCAAUCAGUGACGCGCCACCGCUCAAGACCGACCACUGGCCACCGUAGUAGCGAAGGAAGCCUGGAGCGUGGCCCCCCCCCCCAUCCGGAGGCGCCGGACGCUCAAAGCCUCCUCCCCCCUACUCUCCCUAGUCUGCGACCGCUCGCUCCGCCUUCCCUUUCCUCCCGGCUUCUCUCUGUCCCCUCCUCCCCUGCCCCAGCCCCGCAGUUCGGGAGGCGGGGGUCGGCGAGCCAGCCGAGUGGGAGCCGCGCGGUGUCUGAGGAGUCAGCCGGCGACCGGUUUCCUCCCUGGGCACAGACCUCUUUCUCCCGGAGCAAACACCAACAUGGGGUGAGGUACGGAAAAGAGACUCAAGAACGUGCACCACAGAUCAGGAUCUCUAUUAGUCCACAUCCACAAUAGGGAGAAAUGGUAUCACUAUUUAUAUACCAUUUAUGUGUGGGUGUUUUUGUGUGUUUGUUUCACUUUCUAGCAGUGGCCUGGGAGAAGGGGGGCUCUCAGAAACAGCCUGAGGUGCCAUGGCUCCCGGAGACCCGCCUUCCCCAGAUGAGGUAGAGCACUCACCAAGGCUUGAGCAUUGCUCUCUUUGGGAAGCCACUGAGUCUCCAGGGGUUUUAUUCACAUGAGGGCAAACAUUUCUUUUAACUGAAGCUGUCUUGCAGCAGUAGAAUGACCUCACGUGCAGCUAGAAUCAGCAAUGCAAGUGUCCAGGCCGAAACAUCUCCCUGGAGGAACCAAGGGACUUCGCAGGUCUGCAGAAGAGCUUCAGUCUCUGCUUUUAGAUUUUGCUUAGAACUCAUCGUCCUUGAAUAAGAUGUCUGGGAUUUAAAGUACUCCAAACAAAAGGGUGGGGGAGCAGGAAGGGAAAGGAAGUGAUUUUUAGAUGAAACAAGAAUGGGCAAAAUGGUAGAUAGAUGAAGGUGACUGAUUCAUGAUACAGUUCUUGCUAGUUUUUUUUUAUAUUAGAAAAUGUCCCUUUAAAAAACUCUCUUCCUGGAAAGCUUUCCCUCUUCUUUCUCCCCUGCCUCUGUUCCCUCUGCUGUUUGCAUUCACAUUUUCCUUCUUCCUUCACCCCCUGCAGGGCACAGCACAUCCCACCUAAGAGGCAUGAGGAGCACAUCCUGUUGCAGCCACUCCUGCCCAGGGUGGAGGGGAGCAGAAGCUCCCGACCUCACCCCUGCAGACCACUCCCUUUCCAGGCCGUUAGAAAACUGAAAAUAACCAGCAGCCCGAGGAGGCGAACCCCAAAGCUUGAGCUGCAAGCUUCCCUGUCAGCCGGGCCCCCAUCGUGCACCCCCGCGGACACCAGGUCGUCGCCAUGUUAGCAGCAUCAGGGGCGGCGGCGGAGAAGCCUUACACGUGCAGCGAGUGCGGCAAGAGUUUCUGCUAUAGCUCCGUGCUCAUGAGACACGAGCGAACCCAUGGUGGCGACGGCCGCUUCCGCUGCCUGGAGUGCGGAGAGCGCUGUACCCGGGCCUCCGACCUCCGCGCGCACAGGCGCGCUCACGCCGGCGAGACGUUGUAUAUUUGCAGCGAAUGCGGCCAAAGCUUCCGCCACAGCGGCCGUCUCGACCUGCAUCAGGGCGCGCACCGGCGGCGUAACCGCGCCUGCCCCUGUCGAGCCUGCGGCCGCCGCUUCCCACACCUCCCAGCGCUGCUGCUGCACCGGCGCCGCUGGCACCCACCUGAGCGGCCUCGACGCUGCCCUCUGUGCGCCCGCGCCUUCCGCGAGAGCGCCCUGCGCUUCCAUCAGGCUCGGGCGCACCCGCAGGGGGCAUCUACCGCUCUCGCGAACAAGCCGCACCGCUGCGCACAGUGUCCGCGGGCCUUCCGUAGCGGCGCAGGGCUUCGGAGCCACGCGCGCGUCCACGCGGCCCGGAGCCCCGACAACCCCGCGGGCGGGCAGCCGCGCGCUCCCGACGCUCACCAGUGCGGCGUGUGCGGCAAGAGCUUCAGCAAGAGCUCGACGCUGACGCGGCACCUGCAAACGCACUCGGGCGAGAAGCCCUUCAAGUGCCCCGAGUGUGGCAAGGGUUUCUUGGAGAGUGCCACGCUGGUGCGCCACCAGCGUACACACACGGGCGAGAAGCCAUACGCGUGCAGCGACUGCGGGCGCUGCUUCAGUGAGAGUUCCACGCUGCUGCGCCACCGGCGCAGCCACCAGGGCGAGCGCCCGCACGCGUGCGCCACUUGCGGAAAGGGCUUUGGGCAGCGCUCCGACUUGGUGGUACAUCAACGCAUCCACACGGGCGAAAGGCCCUACCCAUGUCCUGAGUGUGGCCGCCGCUUCAGCGACCGCUCAGACCUCACCAAGCACCGGCGCACGCACACUGGUGAGAAGCCCUACCGCUGCGAGCUGUGUGGCAAGCGCUUCACGUGCGUGUCCAACCUCAACGUGCAUCGGCGCAACCACGCUGGCCACAAGCCGCACAAGUGCCCGGAGUGCGGCAAAGCCUUCAGCGUAGGCUCCAAGCUGGCGCUGCAUCGCAAGACGCACCUGGGCGAGCGACCAGCCGAGUGUGCUGAGUGUGGAAAGUGCUUUAGCCACAGCCGCUCACUGUCACAGCACCAGCGGGCCCAUACGCGCGCCCGCGCCGCUGCUGCCAAGGCCGCCGCUGCCAAGGCCGCCGCGGAGUUCAGCUCCGCUGGCGCUCCCCUCGUCUUUACAGAGGAGGCUGGACAGGAAAACCAGGGGCUCCUUGUGUCCCAGUUGGGGCAGAACUGCUAAGACGCUUCUCUCGAGGGCACUGGAUAAGCACCUGCAACUGUCACUAGGGACAUUGGGGGAACUCGCUGACCAGGGUUUGGGGAAAAAUGGGAUGGCCUGCUGCCUUUCUUUCCAUCUCUGUUGAUUGCUCUUCACCUGGCCUUCCUGUUAGCUCUCUUCUGCUCUCAGUCUUCAUGGCCCUGCUUCUCUUUCUCUGAAGUGUAGGUGCAAGGAAUCAGGGAAAAUCUCUCAGAUCCCAAACAUGCAAGAGGGCUCAGGACUGAUGUGGCCCAUUGCUACGGUGCUCUCUCGUGUCCUGAUUUCUUAUCAUGUGCCGUCUUUUCUUGCUCCAUCUCCUUAUUCCAACCUACAUCUCCACUGCCUCUCCUUACCCUGCUUCUUUGGCUGCUGUUUCUCCUGCUAAUGGUCACAGGUGUGGCUCCAGGAUCAAAUUCCAGGAUCAAAUCCCAGCACCCUGUGGUCUUGUCAGUUUCACGUGACUUUUAGUCUCUGCUACUUUCUCCCUCAGUUUGAGAGACAGGUGGGCUGUCAAGGUGGGAAUCUUGGAGGCAGAGAGUGAGCUCACUUCAGUGAAGGACUUCGCAUCAGAAGCACCCAAGCUGGUGCCUGGCGGAGGUGGCCCACCAGUAUGAAGGUGGGCAGGUGCCCUUCAGCAUGGCUACCCACCUGUCCUUUGAGCCAGGCCUCAUGGUUUCAAACUGGCAAUGCCUAUCUCAGGACAGUGUCCUCCAGCCAGGUGGGGGAAGGCUGACAUUUGCCUGGGCCCCAGGCCAAAACCAAGUAGGUCCACAAGGCUGGGUAAUGCCAGGUAGAACAUCAGAAUAUUAUUUCAAAAUCAGGCUUGGAGCCAGGGUCUCUGUUCAUGGUGAAACAUGCUCCACAAAGGGGAGAGGGCAGAAUGGAAAAUCCCCUGGAAUUGGCUAACAACUUUUUGCUUAUGGCUGGUGAAAUAAAGAACUGUUUGUUUUGGUUCCUGA